CAGUUAGCUUGGCAACUGGCGCGAAAGAAGAGCAGCGGGAACACCGAAGGCGUGUCCGUGUGUGCGCUGUGCGCGUGCGCCCGGAAGAGCAGGCCUGGGAAACAUGGAAUACUGUCUGGCGGCCGCGGCGCUGAAUGGGGUGGACCGGCGCUCGCUACAGCGCUCUGCUCGGCUGGGGAGGGAAGUAUUGGAGCGCGCCAAGAGGAGGGCAGUGGACUGGCAUUCUCCAGAGCGAUCCAGAGGCAGCGUGGGGGUCCUUUACCGCCAGGGCCCCUACCAGGAACGAUGGUCGGUCCCGGGUUCCCAGCGCCUCCUACGAGAGUCUCAUAUAGCCCAGGCUGGCCUUGAACUCAUGUCUACGCUUCAGAGAGAAGAAAGGCGCCCAACCCUUAGUGCUUCCUUCAGAACAAUGGCUGAAUUCAUGGACUAUACUUCAAGUCAAUGUGGGAAAUACUACUCGUCUAUGCCAGAGGAUGGAGGGGCAACCCACGUCUACCGUUAUCACAGAAGGAAGCCUCCAGGAGUGUACGUGUCCUCAGACACAGGGCCCAGUCAAGAACAAAGAAACUGCAGAGAAGAGACAUCUGUUGGUCCAGGAAGCAUCUACCAAACAUCAGAGCAUUCUCAAGAGUCAUCUUGGCCUACUGAGAACAACUCUAAGGACCUCUACAUAGAAGUCUAUCCAGGGACCUAUUCUGUCACUGUGGGCUCCAAUGCCUUAACCAAGAAGACGCAUGUGGUUGCAGUUGAUUCGGGGCAAAGUGUGGACUUGGUCUUCCACGUAUGAUGUUGACCAUCGCUACCGUCAUUUCACUCUUUAACAAGAAGAAUAAAACCACCCUAUAACUGUCUUAAUAAUGAUGCAUCAAUCUUGAUUUUAAUGCUGGCUGUAGUGUAAUGCAGCCUUUCUGUACUGGAGUCUAUCUCUUUCAAGCUCGUUUUAACCUGAAAUUAUAGAAGUUCCCCAUCCUUGUGUGCCUGAAAACAAUAAUGUAAUGGUGCUGUCUAAACAGCUUUUACUGCUGGCUUUCCAAGUAAGUGUUAAUUAUGGUAAUAAAGGGAGAGAUUGGAAAUAAAAA